AUGGAAGGGAAGAAUAUGAAGAUGGACGAGGAGGCUGAAGGGAUGGAGGCUGAAAAUGAGAAAGUUCAGGAGGGCGAAAUGGAAAAUGCAGAAAGUGAAAAUGCAGAAAGUGAAAAUGCAGAAAGUGAAAAUGCAGAAAGUGAUAGUGCAGAAAGUGAAAAUGAUAAUGUAGAAAGUGAAAAUGAUAAUGUAGAAAGUGAAAAUGAUAAUGUAGAAAGUGAAAAUGAUAAUGUAGAAAGUGAAAAUGAUAAUGUAGAAAGUGAAAAUGAUAAUGUAGAAAGUGAAAAUGAUAAUGUAGAAAGUGAAAAUGAUAAUGUAGAAAGUGAAAAUGAGGAUGCAAGAGGGGAGUGUGAGGAACCCUCCAGUAAGAAAAACCCGAAGGAGAACGACAGCAGCAGCGUCAUCGACCGGAAUACGUUGUGGAGCGACCUGUACAUCUCGAGGCCCUUUCUGAAGGUUCUGUAUGAAGGGAAAUUGAACAAUCCGACAUUUAUCCAGCGAGACGUGAUACCGCUAGCCCUGGAGGGGAAAAGCAUUUUAGCUAAUUCAGAGACGGGUUCAGGAAAAACGCUAGCAUUCGUGUUGCCCAUAUUAGAAAGACUGCUACACAGCCCCAACAUAAAAAUGAGAAGUUAUAAUCCGAGGAGCAUAUGUAUAACAAAGAGUUUAAUACUUUUACCAACGAGGGAGCUAGCUCUUCAGUGUUAUGACGUAGUGAAAAGUAUGACAAAGUAUGUGCCAAUUACUUAUUCACUUUUUUGUGGAGGAAUAGAUGUAAAGCAACAGGAGCAUGAGUACAAAAAGAAGAAAGACAUUUUCAUUUGCACUCCGGGGAGAAUUCUUGAUUUAUUGUUAAACUCAUCCAGUGAUUUUAUAAACUACCUAGAAGUGGUAGUCUUCGACGAAGCUGACAAAUUAUUGGAGUUAGGAUUCAAGGAGGAAUGUUUGAAGGUGUUAGAUGUGUGUAAGUUUAAGAAGCAGAUUUUAUUUUUUUCAGCUACCUUAACUAGAGAUAUUAAGGAGCUAGCUAAUUUUUCUCUUAAGAACCCAAUCUUUAUACAAAGUGGGGUGGAUAAUAGGAAAGUAGAUUCCAAGGGGGAAAUUAUUCCUAGUUGCAUUAGCAAUAAAAAAAUCUUAAAGUCUUUUAAAAUUUCAGAAAAAUUAAAUCAAGAAUUCGUGAAUAUUGUAAAUGAAAAGUAUAGGAGAGCAGCCCUACUACAUCUGUGCAGUAAUGUGUAUAAGAAUCAUGCCAUAAUUUUUUUUAAGACAAAGAAAGAGACACAUCUGAUGUAUUUAAUCUUUUCCUUGUUUAACUUCAAAUGCGCUGAGUUGCAUGGUUCUCUUACUCAAAAGAAGAGAAUAGAAUCCAUUUUGAAAUUUAAGAAAAAUGAAGUGGAUUUUUUAUUAUGCACUGAAUUGGCAUCUAGAGGACUGGACAUAGACCAUAUUUUGUACGUGAUAAAUUAUAACCUACCUUCCAACGUUAUUAAGUAUGUUCAUAGAAUCGGAAGAACAGCAAGGAUAGGGAAAGACGGAACGUCGAGUACUCUGUACAGACCUAAUGAAAAAACAGAUGUGAAAAAAAUAAUUAAAGGAUUGAAAAAAAGCAAAAAUGCAAAAAUAUUUAGGAGGAACAUAUCCAAUGAUAGCAUCUUACAUUGGGAUAAUUUACUUAGGAAGAAAAAAAAACAAAUUAAAGAAAUGAUAAAGGAGGAAAAGGAAAAUAAAGAAAUUGAUAAAGCCACCAAGUCUAUAGAGAAAAUUAAAAACCUCAUUCAGUUUAAGGAAGAAAUUAUGAGUAGACCUCCCAGGGAAUGGUUCUUGACAAACAAAGAAAAACUCCACCUACGGAAGUUAAACAUGAAGAAUGACAUGUUAUGUGAUGGCUCCACAGGGGAGAGUGGCGAAAAUCAUACUAGAGGGGAGAGGGCAUGUAAAAAUCAAACUGAUGGGAAUGGAGUACGUAGAAAGGACACUGAUAGGGAGGGAGCAUGUAGAAAGAACUCCGAUAAGAAGAAAUCCCGCAAGGACAAAAAGAAAAACCAAAAGAGAGAUAAAGAGGAAGACAAAAGCAAACUCAAAAAUUUUCGUUCCAUUAUAAGGGAACUGAAGCUGAACGUGCUGGUAAACGGCAAGGGUAAAAUGGAGAAAUCGAAAAAUGUGAAGGGGGUUAGGAAGAACUGGCAAAAGAAUAAGAAUGGAGCAGGUGUACAAGGUGGUAAGGUUGGGAAGGGCAUCAACCGAGACAAUAACGCCAAUAGCGGCAGAAUUGGCAAUGGCGCUAAGAACGGGAACAACCCCCCCCGCAGUGCAGCGCAGUUCAAAAAAAGGAAAAGAAGUUAA